GGAAAGCCGGCCGAUGACAUUCCAGCCUCAGGAGGCCAAAUCUUGGAGAAGGUCAGGAAAAAUUAUCCGGAUAUCGCCCCGUCGGGGGCCACCUUCAGCCGUGGUGUGCGAGUCGGCAACCUGCUAUUCAUUGCCGGCUGCACUGCUCGCGGCACCGACGCUCAGGGUAAAGAUGUGAUGCAGCAGCUCAGGGUCACCCUGGACAGAAUCACCCGGAUCGUAGCCGAGGAAGGUGGAGAUUCCUCCGAUAUCGUGAAAAUUACCACUUUUGUCACCAGCAUUCCCCACUGGCGGGCUCAUCGCGAAGAGCAGGAAGCGUUGUUCGUGGAGUAUUUCCGGGGUGAAUACCCCGCCAACACUCUGGUUGAAAUCACCGCUCUGGCCGAGGACGGCCUGGACGUGGAGAUAGAGGCCAUCGCAGAGUUGGGUUAG